AUGGCACGAAGUAGACAUCUCGCCCUGACUAUUCUAUUAGCACUGGCCGUGUUCCUGAGCCUAUCGUACAUGUUCUCGAGUCCGCCGGCUCCCCGCGAUGAGCAGGCACUGGGCCUAGAUCUCGGACGGACCCCUCCUCCACCAGAUACUCCCCCGCCGUCGCCGCCGCCGCCGCCGUCAUCAUCGGAGCAGGAUAAGGAGACAUCCGGGGGAUUCGUAAUGGAUUUGGAUUCGAUACCGCCGGCUAUGUUCGAGGGCGAUUCUAUCGCUCCCAAGCUGGAGAAUGCAACUCUAAAAGCCGAACUCGGUCGCGCAACCUGGAAAUUCAUGCAUACAAUGAUGGCUCGAUUCCCCGAGAAGCCGAGCGACGACGACCGCCGCACCCUCGACACCUUCAUCCACCUCUUCGGCAGGCUGUACCCCUGCGGCGACUGCGCGCGCCACUUCCGCGCCCUGCUGGCCGAGUACCCGCCCCAGACGAGCAGUCGCAACACCGCGGCCGGGUGGCUGUGUUUCGUGCACAACCUGGUCAACGAGAGGUUGGAGAAGCCCGUCUUCGACUGCAACAACCUUGGCGACUUUUACGACUGCGGGUGCGGCGAGGAGGGCAGCCCUGAGAAGUCUGAGCAUGCUGCUGGCGCGGCAGCCAAGGCUGAGGAGCUGGAUGCCGAACUGCACAGGGGGAAGGAGUAG